GUGAAGCAGAAGGUUCCGGAAUUCGAGGGAACACGUCCUGAAAGGAGAGAGACAUCCGCCCCCAUCUUGAGUUGCCACAGCAGCUGCCAGUGCCAGCGAUUGGGACUGCUGUCUCUCAGCUGUCCUCUACUGUCACCAAGGAAACGAGCUCGAAAAGAAACACUCAAUUUUAAGGGGAGGACGUUUGGAAAGACCAGGCCCCCUUCGUGGACUGAAGGCUUCGGAAGCACUUGGAGAUCGGGAGGAAAAGUUCGCCGGUCAGAGCGCCCCCUGCAGGCACCCUGUGAACACGCCUACUGCGGCUCGUGCAUCAACCGCUGGCUUCUCCAUCACAGCACUUGUCCAGAGGACAGACAGCCGCUGGAACCGAGUCGGCUGAAACCCUUGUACAGGUACAUGCGCAAUGACCUGAACCGUCUGCAGAUCCGCUGUGCCAAUGCAAGACAGGGAUGUGAGGCUGUCUGUUCCCUGGAGGGUCUGCCUGCGCAUGAGGACCAUUGCCAGUAUGCCUAUGUCUCCUGCACAAACUCAGGUUGUCUCCUUCAGGUGGAGAGAAGAGAUUUAGAGGCUCACCUGUCUGAGUGUGGAAGCACCACCAGCCCCAACCAACGCUCACAACAUAACUGUUUACUCGAGUUGCAAUCUGAAAUUGAAACACUGAGGUAUGAGAUGCUGACUGAGGUGCAGAAUGUGAGACUGAUGAUGGAAUCCCAGCAGAACUCUGAGAGGAGAUAUUUGGCUCAAAAUGAGCGGCAGCUGAAGGCUGCAGUGGACGAGUUGAAGGGUCAGUUGUUCACCCUGACAUGCGACAUCCGAACACUAUCAGCCGAGGUUUCAUUGAGCCGACGGUUUGCAAGGGCCCAUCUAGACGCUGCAAAACUGCCACAUCUCCUCACAGACGCUGUGCAGACCCUGUCCGUUGGGGACCAGACGGACGGAUCCCUGCCUACGAAAGAGCAGCUUGGAAAAAGGUUGGACAAACUGCUGAUAAGAAUCGACAAGGUGGAGACGUCUCUUCGCACACUAAUAAGCGACAAGGCUAGUGAUACAUGCUUCGGUCAUAAUUUGUCUACCAAGUCUCUUGGGGGAGCCGCCCACGCAGUUUGAUGUCUGACUGCAUUAAACUAUAAAAACUGUGAGUUCUUCUUAGUUGGAAAAAAAUUAAACUAGAAAAAAUGG